AUGGGAGGAGGUCAAGAAGUUUCAGGACUCAUCUUCGACAGUUCGAACUCCUUUUUCUCGCCUCAGAAUGCCACAUCUUUCAGACGCACCAAGAGACAAGUCUCAUUCGCGCCCAUUAAACCCAGGGCAGCGGGCUCUGCCGGAGUGUCCAAAGUUCCAAGGAUUUCUCCAUCUGAAUUGGCAAAAGUGGUCGACAGAGCGGUAGCAGUGGUCGACAGGCGAUUAGGAGCUUUGGAACAAAAUAUAUACAAAAAUGGUGUACUGUUGGAGCCAGGAAGUCCUGCUUGGUUCGCAGCGGCCUCUGCGAAGACGAAAGUUGCAGCCAAAAACAUGUCACGGAUGGCUUUGGUGGCGGAGGAAACAACGAAGUUGAUGUCACGUCAGUACAAUUUGAGUAAAGAUCAAAUUUUACACUCACUGCCGACGCUGGACGUCAGAGGAACAGCCUUAGAACGAGAUUGCCCCCUGACGGUGGACUUUCCUUGCCGGCCAAAGAAGUACAGAGCAUACAGUGGGUACUGUAACAAUGUACAAAACCCUCGUUGGGGUAAUGCCAACACUGCUUACGUUAGGUACCUAAGCCCGGAUUAUUCAGAUUAUGUGGCAGAUCCCAGGAAAUCUAAAAGCGGUGAAGAUCUUCCAGAAUCUCGUUUGAUAAGUUUGAGCAUUCACUCCGACUCAGAAAGGCCACAUCCGCAUCUGACAGUAUUCCUUGCCAUUUUCGCAGAAUUUGUCUUCCAUGACGUGUUCCAUACGUCACAGAGCGCAGGUUUCAGGGGUCACCGCAUUCGCUGUUGCGGCGUUCCUUUCCAUUUGCGUCACCCAGAAUGCUACCCAAUCACCAACGAAACGGCCACAAACAAGCAGGAAUGGUGCGUUAACUACGUACGGUCCUCCAACGUUCCGCGGGCCGGAUGUACACUGGGAUCCAGAGAGCAGAUCAACCAAGUGACGUCAUUUCUGGAUGGCUCUGCCAUUUAUGGUUCGUCGGAGGAAGAGGUGAAGAGACUUAGAGCGUACAAAGAUGGUCUCUUGAAGAUGCAGGAAGCUCUCGGACUGUUGCCACCGGAUUAUUCAAACCCACACGACUGCAGAGCAUCAGUUUCGAGUCAUAAAUGUUUCUUGGCAGGUGAUGUCCGUGUGAAUGAGAACGUCGGUUUAAUGGUGAUGCAUACGAUUUUCGUGAGAGAACACAAUCGAAUUGCUCGCGAACUUUCAGUGAUCAAUCCACAGUGGACUGACGAGCAACUGUUUGAAGAGACAAGAAGGAUAGUUGGGGCAGAACUGCAACAUGUCACCUACUCCGAGCUCUUACCCGCCUUGCUCGGGACGCAAGUCUUGACUCAGUUUGACCUUCAACCGGGCAGCGAUUCCUCCAUCUACGAUGGCUACGACAUCAACCUCAACCCGGGCACUUCCAACGCUUUCGCAACCGCAGUGGGAGCCUCCUUCUACUCCAUGAUGCCCUCUCACUUCUUCCUCUACUCCCAGGCUCCUGCGGGAAGGGACAGUCCCAAGCACCACACGGUGGGCUCCAUGCAAAUCAGCGAGACGCAUUUCUUCCCGGAGCCACUCUACCAGAAAGACGCCCUGGAUCAGUUCCUGCUCGGAAUGAUUAACCAGAGGGCGCAGUCUAUGGACGAGUUCAUCACCAGGGAGAUGAAUAACAAUCUUUUUGAUGAAAGGGACAGAGGUAAGUCAAGCGACAGCGGCUACAUGGAUUUAGCAGCUUGGAUCAUCCAGCAAGGCCGUGAUCACGGUAUUCCAGGAUAUCUCGAGUGGCGAAGGGUGUGCAGACUCUCCCCACCAGUCCACAACUUCACGCACCUUCGUCAGAUCAUGACAGCCGGUGCGGCAGAAAAGAUCGCACAAGUUUACAAUGACGUUCAGGACAUCGAUUUAUUUACUGGUGGACUUUCAGAAAAGCCGCUCGUUGGAGGCGUUGUUGGACCAACUUUCGCUUGCAUCUUGAGCAGACAGUUCCAGCAUUUGAAGCGGGGAGACAGAUUUUGGUACGAAAAUGACAUUCCUCCUAAUUCGUUUUCCAGAGAACAACUGAAGGAGAUCAGAAAAACAACUUUGGCUCGAAUCAUUUGUGACAAUGCUGGAGCAUCAGUGCGCAUGCUCCAGCCUUCCCCAGUGCUCAUGGCCGAUGAAUUUCUAAAUGCGUUUCAAGGAUGUAAUAUGUCCGCUCCAGGUAUGGAUCUGAGGAAAUGGAAAACAGCUUCUCCUGUCUUUGAAAUACCUAAGGAGACUUUACUCACAUCUCUAAGAGAAGCCAUGAGACAAGCGAAAAAGAGAAUAGAAGCGGAAGAAGAAAUAUUCAGCAACAAUAUUGGGGUCGCCGACUACCGUAGCGCCCAAGCAGUGCAUCACGUGUUCCUGCGCCCAAAGAGACAAGCCACAUUCAUCACCAAUAAAUCUUUGGUGCUGGAGUUGGCAUCACAGCAGUUCAUGCACGAUACUCACAUACGAGAUCGGGAGAAGAGUGCCGACGAGCAGGAAGUGUCAGCCAUGAUGCUCGCACUCUCAGCUCAAGACGUAGAGGAUUACCUCCAGCAGGAGAUGCGAGUCCUCGAGGAGGGCAUCGACGGAAGAUGCAGGUUGGAGGAAGAAAGAGCUUCACUGCCCUGUGACCACACCACGCCUUUCAGGUCAGCUUCUGGAUGGUGCAACAACAUUCAAAAUCCGCAUUGGGGGAAAUCUUUGGUCAUUCUGCAAAGAAUUCUACCUCCCAGAUACCAUGACGGUGUGAGUGGCCCUCGCAGUGUGGGCGUUUCAGGCCGCCCCCUGCCCUCUGCAAGACUAGUUUCAGCCACGGUGCAUUACGAUACAGAAGCCCCCCACGCCAGGUACAGUUUGGCUCUCAUGCAGUGGGGGCAGUUCUUAGAUCAUGAUUUGACUCUCACACCGAUGCAUGAAGCUCAUGGACGACGACCACUAGACUGCAAAUCUUGUGACUCCGCGAUUUCCGUGCAUCCGGAGUGUCUCCCUAUUCCCAUUCCUCCAGGAGAUCCAUUCUUCCCAGCAGUUUUCCAGAAUGCUUCCAAGAAUUGUAUCUCUUUCGCAAGAUCGUUAGCUGGACAGCUUACACUAGGCCGCCGGGAACAGAUGGACCAAGUGACAUCAUACAUCGAUGCUUCCAACAUGUACGGCUCGGAUGCGUGCGAAGCCCGAAUGCUGAGAUCCAACGAAGGGGGUCGGCUGAAUUCGACAAGACACCCAUCGGGCGGGAAAGAUCUGCUGCCACAAGAUGUUACAAAUGUGGAAUGCCGGGCUCCGUCUGGCUUGUGCUUUGAAUCAGGAGAUAUACGAGCCAGCGAACAGCCUGGUCUCACCUCCAUGCACACCAUCUGGAUGCGAGAGCACAAUCGCAUAGCAGACGAAUUGGCUCGGAUCAACCCUCACUGGAAUGACGAAACCAUUUACCAAAACGUUCGGCGCAUUGUGGCAGCAAUGAUGCAACACAUUACUUUCACCGAUUUCCUUCCAAGAGUCCUGGGAGAAAAGCUGAUGAAAGACAUGGAACUAUCAAGCUCACAUCAAUACGACCCCACCUGUGAUGCCACAAUAUUCAAUGAAUUUGCUUCGGCUGCCUACAGAUUUGGCCACACCCUUCUCAAACCCAUGUUCAGAAGACUCAUUUCCGGAUAUAAGGUACUUGCUAACAAGCAGCCCAUUAGAUUGAGGAAAGCAUUUUUCAACCCGGAUGCGUUGUACGAAAGAAAUGCGAUCGAUGAAGUGUGGCGUGGACUGCUUAGCAGUAGCGUGGAAGUAUUCGAUCAUUCUAUCACCUCUGAGGUGACGAACCACUUAUUCGAGAACAGUCAAAUUCCAUUCUCGGGAAUGGACCUUGUCUCCCUUAACCUUCAAAGGGGAAGAGAUCAUGGUCUACCACCCUACAAUGAGUACCGAGCCUAUUGCAACAGGACCAGGGCGAAGUCCUUUGAUGAUUUGAAAGAGGAUAUUCCGGAGUACAUUGUGCAAAGAUUAAAGAAUGUUUAUGAACACGUUGAUGACAUUGAUUUGUUCACCGGAGGCAUUUCCGAAAAGUCGAUGUACGGAGCUCUGGUGGGACCGACUUUCAGUUGCAUCAUAUCGAAGCAGUUCGUGAAUCUGAAGAAAUGCGAUCGCUUCUGGUACGAAACUCAGGAUGCGUUCCUGAGAUUCACGCAAGACCAACUCUCGGAAAUACGCAAGACCAGGUUAUCGAAGGUUAUCUGCGACAAUUCCGACACUAUUGAAACAGUGCAAAUGAAAGCAUUCGAUGUACCUGAUGAUUUCUUAAAUCCACGCAUGCCGUGUAAGAGUCUCCCCUCCCUGGAUUUGAAUCACUGGAGAGACAAGCCUUCUUGUGAAUUAGAGAAUGACGACGGACGUAAAAUGUCCAUCUUGCAGGGACAUUCGCAUAGAAUUUCUCCAUGCGUCACAUGCUCCUGCACUAAAGAAGGGAUGAUUUGCCAAUCUUUAAAAAUCUCCAACUGUUUCCAACUAGCAUCAACCUAUUCCAGGGAACUGAUAUUGGACGAUGACGUAUGUAAAGUGCAAUGUGCCUUCGCCUUCCGAGCUUAUCCACAAUUUGAGGCGAAUCUCGACAACGUCCUUGGCUUCACGGUGAAUGAGAAGUAA